UUUGCAUAUUUUUGUGCAAUUGUCAGGAAAGAAUAGAAAGAGAAAUUACUCUUACUUUGCAUUUUGCCACACUCUUGCACUUCCAUUUUCAAAACAUGGAGGAAUCAAAGAAGCAACGAUGGCAGACUAUUCAAGAAGAUGAAGAAGAUAAUGCAAAAUGGGUAACCCACUAUUCCAGUCAUCACCAAAUAUUGUUGGUGGGAGAGGGUGAUUUCUCUUUCUCUCUUUCCCUCGCCAAAUCUUUUGGCUCUGCUGCCAACAUAGUCGCUUCCUCUCUCAACCCCUAUGAUAAUGUUACCAAGAUGUACAAGCAGGCAAAGUCAAAUUUAGAAGAAUUGCACAAGCUGGGAGCAUUCUUAUUACAUGGAGUUGAUGCAACCAAAAUGAAGCUUCAUCCAGAUUUAAAAAUGCGAAGGUUUGAUCGAGUCAUAUUCAACUUUCCUCACGCUGGCUUUCAUGGGAGGGAAGAUAGCUCGUCGAUGAUUGAGAUGCAUAAAGCCCUUGUGCAUGGAUUCUUCAACAAUGCUAGUCGCAUGCUUCGAGCCAAUGGUGAAAUACAUAUCAGUCAUAAAACUACAGAACCUUUUAGCUACUGGGACAUUGAGAAUCUUGCUGCACAAUGCUUUUUGACGUUGAUUGAGCGUGCUGACUUCAAGAUAGAAGAUUAUUCUGGUUACAAUAAUAAGAGAGGUGAUGCCUAUAGAUGUGAUGAACCCUUUCCACUUGGUAAGUGCUGCACGUUCAAGUUUGUCUACAUCCCUGAGGGAAAGCGUUCGAGGAUAAAACGAAUGAUGGUUCCUAGACACAACAGAAAUCUCCAAAUUGAAGAGAUUGAGUAUGCUGUGGAGCAAUUACCAACUUCAGCUCAUCUCAAUUAUUUCCCUACAGCAAGUCACUUUCUAAAACUGAAAGAAGAGACAUCAUUCACUGGGGUUCACUCAAGUAACAUGACAGAAGUGCAUGGAAGAGGUUUUCCUCCUGGUGGUUAUUCUUCUCUUGGUAUGAGUCGAGGCCCUCCAAGAACAUUUCAACCAUGGCCAGCAUCUGCUAAUGUCAGAUACUCUCUGACAGAUCAUAUUAGAACAAUGGAAACUGUUCCCGAACCACUGUAUACUCGAAGAAUAUUGCAACCAAUGGAGGAAUCGCAAUCUCUUCAACCAGGGCCAACAUCUCCUUAUAUCAGAUACUCUUUGACAGAUCAUAUUAGAACAAUGGAAACUGUUCCAGAAUCACUGUAUACUCGAAGAACAUUGCAACCAAUGGAGGAACGGCAAUCUCUGCCACCAGGGCCAACAUCUCCUUAUAUCAGAUACUCUUUGACAGAUCAUAUUAGAACAAUGGAAACUGUUCCAGAAUCACUGUAUACUCGAAGAACAUUGCAACCAAUAGAGGAACGGCAAUCUCUGCCACCAGAGCCGACAUCUGCUCAUAUCAGAUACUCUCUGACAGAUCACAUUAGAACAAUGGAAACUGUUCCAGAACCAUUGUAUACUCGAAGAACAUUGCAACCAAUGGAGGAACGGCAAUCUCUGCCACCAGAGCCGACAUCUGCUCAUAUCAGAUACUCUCUGACAGAUCACAUUAGAACAAUGGAAACUGUUCCAGAACCAUUGUAUACUCGAAGAACAUUGCAACCAAUGGAGGAAUGGCAAUCUCUGCCUCCAGGGCCAACAUCUGCUCAUAUCAGAUACUCUUUGACAGAUCACAUUAGAACAAUGAAAACUUUUCCAGAAUCACUGUAUGCUCGAAGAACAUGGCAACCAAUGGAGCCAUUGCAAUCUUUGCAACCAGGGCCAACAUCUGCUAAAAUCAGAUACUUUCUGACAGAUCAUAUUAGAAAAAUGGAAACUGUUCCCGAGCCACUGUAUACUCGAAGAACAGUGCAACCACUGCAGCACUUUCAAUCUUUGCUGCCAGGGCGAACAUCAACCGAUGUCAGAUUCUCUCUGACAGAUCAUGGUAGAACAAUGGAGGCUAUUCGUGUAUCACCUGAUGCUAGAAAUGAAGGGUACUGGGUUAAUGGUGGCAGGUGAAAUUAUUUUGGAGAAGAACAUGGUAGAACAAUGGAUACUUCUCCCUUAUCACAUGGUGAUAGAAAUGAAGGCUAUUGUCAGGUCUAUGGUGGCUGCUCAAAUGAUUGGCAGCAGGAUCAUUGCAGAACAACAAAUGAGAGUGGAAAUUGUCUUGAUGGAAUAAGUUGCCUGGGAGGAGUUUUCAGAGUGAGCUUCACCGAUUGAAUAUUUUGAUGUCAGAGAGAAGGGUCAUUGUGCAGUCCUUUUCAUUCAGUCAACAUUGGAAAGUGCAGUAGAGGAAUUUCACUACCAGUUACACUGUUUUAUUUUUUUUGUUUCUUCUGGCUGUUUAAAGCCUCUUUUAUUCAAGUGCUUGCUGAAGCUGGUUGAAUUUUCUCAUAUACAUUUUCCAUUUGUUUACCUUUUUGGAGUAUUGACUUUAUGCAAUCAAGAAAUGUUUACUUUA